GCUGUUGUCUCCUGCAGGGCCUUACCUGUUCCUCGCUCCAGCGCUGUACAGUCUUCCCGCGCUGGCUUCUUCUCUGGUCAUCUGUACUGUGUCCGCAGUCUCUGGUCAUCUCCUGUACUGUGUCCGCAGUCUCUGGUCAUCUCCUGUACUGUGUCUGCAGUCUCUGGUCAUCUCCUGUACUGUGUCCGCAGUCUCUGGUCAUCUCCUCUACUGUGUCCGCAGUCUCUGGUCAUCUCCUGUACUGUGUCCGCAGUCUCUGGUCAUCUCCUGUACUGUGUCCGCAGUCUCUGGUCAUCUCCUUUACUGUCCACAGUCUCUGGUCAUCUCCUGUACUGUCUGCAGUCUCUGGUCAUCUCCUGUACUGUGUCCGCAGUCUCUGGUCAUCUCCUGUACUGUCUGCAGUCUCUGAUCAUCUCCUGUACUGUGUCCGCAGUCUCUGGUCAUCUCCUGUACUGUCUGCAGUCUCUGAUCAUCUCCUGUACUGUGUCCGCAGUCUCUGGUCAUCUCCUG